AUAGGUAGAAGUGACGACAGGGGAGGAUGAUGACCGACACCGGUUGGCCGCCCCAGUAAGCAUAAAGCGCCCACUCUGGCUCGAGUUGGCUCCCGUCGAUAAACAUCGAGUGGGCCAAGUUGGCUCUCUUCGACGGGAGGAUUGCAGUUGAGGCCUGCUAGAGCUGGGCGCGGAGGGAGGUUGAUUCAGCUUGGCCGACCUUGGCUCUUACUUGCCAUGCCAUCGAUUUGGUCUGGAGAUGUGCAAGGUGGUGCUCUAGUUUAGCGCCUCGCUUUGCCACCUGCUCCACAUCCCCCUCCUUCUCACGUAGUCGUUGUGCUACUAUCUUCCUCAUGGAGAAUAAAAUAGAAUGGAUGCUCCUCCAUCUCCUCUCCCCCAACAUUUUUCGGAGGUACUCUUCCUGAAAUAAAAUCAAAUCUUUUCAGGUCCAAUAAAAAACAGAAGCAAUUGGAUUGAUAGAGAAUGAAGAAUGCUACGUGGGUGUGAGCUCAGCUCGUUUUUGUCCAUCUGUUGGUUAACAUCGAUAGCGAGAUCUCUGGAGAGGAAAGUGUCGAAUGAUUGUUGAUUAUGUUGUAGGCGAUGCUGCUCCUCAAUGGAGAGGCCAAUGCCUGUAGAGACAAGGGGAGGCACGUAGCUCUGAAGCUGCGCGAGGCAUAUCGACGGUAUAUUGAUCGUCGGGUGGCUUUGCAGCACCAAUGCCGCUGUCAUCGUCAUCAAAGCCUACGUAGAAUCUCUCCCUUUCUUUGUCAGAUUCCACACGCCACUGUUAAUUCCAUCAAACAAUAGCAUUAGAAUUGCUAAACUCAUUCUCAUUUCAGUUUACUAUUAAAUCCAUUCUCAUUUCUAUUCCUGCACCUCAAACCAAAUGCCCCAAUCUUACCAUGUCACCACUAAUUUGUUCCAAAAGCUAAGUUAUUUACAAGUAAUUAACUAACAGGUAGAUAGGAAUCAAUUUUUGAUAGACUCAUGUCAUUACCGCUGGGCUCUAAACUAAAUUUUAAAUCUCAUCAGAUAAAUACAUUCUAAAUUAUUAAAGUAUGUUUAUAUAUAAUUAUUUUAUAUUUUAUAUUUUAACAAAAAAAAAAAGUCGACAUUUUCAAUUUUAGAAAAAGAGCAUUGCUUUUUUAUUUAUUCCAUAAAAAUUUUUCUAAAAUUUCUGUCGUGUUUAGUUUCGUUCCCUUUAAAUAUAAUAUUUGGCGAAUAAAAAGUCAUGGAAGAUUCUCGAGCGACGGACACGCGUCCGGUGAUGUACCGCAGUACCGGUAACCGUCGUCUUCGCCCUUUUGUCUCCCCGCCGCGGGCUGCUAGAAAACCCAAAUCUGAUCCGUGCGGUCACCAUAACUUUCCUUCCUCGGCCAUUUUUGUUUGGUUAAACUUAUGGAAGAUUACGGCGGCCGCAACACCCCUCGCCAUCACCACUGCCACGGUGGCGGCGGGGGCGGAAGGGGCGGCGGUGGCGGUGGCGGCGGGGGCUCGGUGGCGACUCCCUUUGUGCUGAAGACUUAUCGGAUGGUAGACGACCCGUCGACCGACGCCGUCAUCAGGUGGGGCAGAGAUGACAACAGCUUCGUCGUCGCUGACCCUUUCGCCUUCUCGCAGACGCUUCUCCCCUCCCACUUCAAGCACAAUAACUUCUCCAGCUUUGUCCGCCAACUCAAUACUUAUGGGUUUCGGAAGGUGGAUCCUGACCGGUGGGAAUUCGCCCACGCGUCGUUCUUGCGGGGACAGACGCAUCUGCUGAGGUUUAUUGUUCGGAGGAGCAGCGGCGGUAGCGGGAAGAAGAAGAAAGAAGGGUGGGAGGAGGAGGUUGAGGUGGAGGUGCUGGAGGAGGAGGAGGAGAAGCUGGCGGCGGAGGUGGUGAUGCUGAAGCUAGAACAGAGGAGGAUCGAGGAGAGGGUGGAGGGUAUGUGGAGGAGGGUGCAGGAGACGGAGCGCCGGCCGAGGCAGAUGCUGGCGUUUCUGGUCAAGGUGGCCGGAGACCCGAAGCUGCUGGACCACUUCGCCGGACCUGCGGCGGACGCCAUAGAGGACGGCGCGAAGCGAGCCAGGCUUCCAUCCAACAGCGACAACGAAGGGGACGACUUAGCUGGCUGUCGGAACCAGUUUGGCACUUGGGCGGGGAUCGAAAGCGGGAACGAAGCGCGUGACGCGUUCAUAGGGACGGCCAUGGAUCCAGUCGGGUUUUGCGGCGGAAGAGGGGGGUGGGAGGAGAAUGAGUUUGGAGGGUUGGUGGACAUGGUAGGCGGAGGACCAACAGCUUUUUCUCUCUCUUUUCCGGUGGAGAAUGGGUUUUAGCUUUUGCUAGUUGUUUCUGUCUCGCCGCUUCGUCUGGCUAAGCUCCUCUGUUUUUUGUUUUUUUUUUGUCUAAAGAAGUAUGCGAAUCAGUAAAGUUGUGCAGUUUCAUUUUGUUCUGCUCUGCUCUUUUUUUCCCAUCCCCUGUAACUUCCUCAUCAGAAACACCAGUUCUGAGAGUUUCUUUGUAAGAUUAGAUAGCCUUUGUGAAUUUUUCUUGGUGACGAUAUUUUCUUCAUAAUAAAUGAACUAGCUGCUCAUUGUAA